UUGAGGCGCUUCCGAAGCCGGCCACCAUCCGCGCGGUCCGCACCGAGCAAUGCGCCUCUGCUUCAACGCCGCGGCCAUCCGCGCCGUCAGCUUCGACGUCACGGGCACGCUGCUCUUCCACAAGGAGAGCAUCGCGAAGACCUACGCCGACGCGGCGGUCUGGGCGCGGCUCGACGACCCGCCGACGGCGGAGGAGCUCAAGCCGGCGUUCAAGCGCGCCUACAAGAGCGCGUGCCUCGAGCGGCCGUGCUUCGGCUACGACGCCGGCGGCGAGAAGGCGUGGUGGGCCUACGCCGUGCGGAGCGCGCUCGAGAACGCGGGCCGGACCGUCGACGACGCGACGUUCGCGCGCUACUUCCGCCGCGUCUACCAGUUCUACGGGUCGCGCGAGGGCUACGAGCCCCUGCCGGACGCGCGGCCGGCACUCGACGCGCUCCGCGACCGGGGGCUCGCGCUCGGCGUGACGUCGAACACGCCCGCGCGGACGACGGACAGCGUGCUGCCGAUGCUCGGGCUCCACGACCACUUCUCCUUCUUCGCGUCGUCGAGCGACCUGGGCGUCGAGAAGCCCGACGCGGGCAUCUUCGAGGCGGCGCUCGAGCGCGCGCGGUUCUGGUGCGGCGCCGACCUCGCGCCGCACGAGGUGCUGCACGUCGGCGACUCCUUCGAGUGCGACUACCUGGGCGCGCGCGCGUUCGGCUUCCAGGCGCUCCACCUGGACCGGUCGGGCAACGAGCUCGUCGUGAAAUACAACGACUGGGUCCUGCCCGGCGAGUUCGACGAGGACGAGGCGAAGCGCUGCACGAUCACGGACCUCGGCGCGAUCGUCGCCUACAUCGAUGCGGGCGCGUCGUGGUAAGUAUAAUGUAAACCUC